CUUUGCGUUUUUAUGAAUUUGAUGCAUAGCAAUUUAGGUAAACUUUUGUUUCUAUGGGAUGUAGUAAAAACAUGAGUUUUUUCAAUUGUUUCAGCUACAAUGAUUUUUUUAAGACUUUCUUGUUACAGCUCGUAAAUAAUUGAAUUGCCAUAAUUUCAAUGGCGUUGUAAUUGAUACAUAAAAAACUAACUACUAACUAAGUUUCUAAACAAUUUAAGAUUUUAAGCUCUUGUCAUUAUUUAUCAUGUUGGAGACGAGCUUGUUUAGGGGAUAGGGUAGUCUAAAGCAAAACAGGACCACGGCUGAUGGCGACAGGACUGCCCCACAGUCCUGCAUGUUGGGCAUGUAGUCAGUUGGGACCUCCUCUUCAACAUUAACAGCUGUUAUCCCCUUUGUGAAGUAGGGAGAUGAGAGUAUCUACCAGUUCUGAAAAGAUGGCAGAUGCUGAACAACCGUAACCAGCCGAGGCUUUUAUCUUUAAGGGGAAAAGAUUGGAUUGCAAAAAAAAGAUUUUCGGUGAAGGUUUUUUCUUGUUUGAAGGAUAUUGGAAGGAAAAUGAAAAUGCAGGUGCUGAAAAGGAACGCGUGAAAUCGAAGACUUCUAAUCUAAAAAAAGAAGCUGCGAUAAGAAGAAUUAAAAAUGAAGACUGCCUUGAUGGGUGGAAAAAUGUGGCCGAUUAGCUCGUCAAGGGCAACCUGAAUCACAAUAAUAUCCUACGAUUUUUCGGUUAUGAGGAGGACAUGGCCAAUGGAUGGAGGUAUUUUGCUCUGGAACCGUACAGUGCCACUUUAUACGAAUAUUGCAAUGGCGAGUACAAUGGACCGAUGCCAAACGAAUCGCAAGUUCUUUAUCAAAUUACCAACGGCGUCAGCUACCUGCAUCUUAACGCAAUUGUACAUGGCGAUUUAAAUCCAUUAAACGUCGUCAUUGUUGCCCAGUCGCGUCCUGUGCGCAUGAAAAUUUCAGAUUUUGGAUUGAGCAAAUUCAGUUAUAGCAAACAGCUGUCGGAAAGAGAAGACAACAUUUCCUCUGAAGUAAAACUCUGCCUGAGAAAGUAUUGGACUCUGUCAGAGGAAACUGACUCCCUGGAAGUCAUCGAAGACCCCACUGAAGAUGUCAUUGCAGCUGGAUGCAUUUUGUUUUAUUAUCUAAAUUGUGACAAACACUUUUUUGGUAAUGACUUUGAGUCCAUCUUGAUAAACCUCAAGGAAAAGAAGCCAGUUAAUUUACCGGGUAAGUUUUUCAAAUAUUCACCGCAUUUACGUCUAUAUAGGGGAGAGUGGGGCUAGUUGGCAGGAGGGCAAGUUUGCAAUUCUUAAUUUAGACGAAUUGUGUGAAAGAGGUUUUUUUGAAAUAAUUCAUAGUCAAAGAUGUUUAUCGUG